UUCGAGUCAAGUCUAAGGUCAAAGCGAUGUCCUGCCCAAAUGAGCAUCGAGGCAUUGUGGUGGUCAUCUCCCAUUUGCAAGGCCUGCAGAGCAAGUGGUGGAAAUUCCACAUUCCUAUGGCGGGAGAGUGAUUGGCACUGGCAUGAGUAGGUCGGUGAACAGCACCACGACCGGCCGCCUUUGUCUCCUUUGUGGCGAUGUUUACACACCGCUCCACAGGUACUCAGUCGACCUGGGUCGAGUCCGAAUUGCAAGUCCAGUGGUUUUUAUUUAUUUUAUUUUAUGCCUACGUGACUUUACCGAAAGAACCAAAGAUGAUAAGUCCAGUGUUGCUUAACAUUUUUCCCGGAGCUUAGCCCCGGGACAACUGCCAGCUGAAAUGAAGCCCCGGACUCUUUAAUAACGCGGUCACGUUUCACGAUUCACGCGCCGCUGGCGUGAAACGUGAAUCGCGACCAACUCGCACGGGCGGCGUCACCAAAACACAAAAUCCUCUCCCCCUAGAGCUCUCCCUUACCACCAGCCGCAGAAGUUCUCCGCAUCGGUGGGUCGGGUGUAGGUUACAUCGGUGGGUCGGGGUCGCUGGGCUCGCUCGCCGAAGGUGCGCAGUGACGAUGCCGCACGGGGUGGAGCAGCAGCAGACGACGACGACGGAGUCCUCGGACUCUUUUAACCUGGGUAGAAGAAAUUCUGGCCGACUGUUCGGGAAGUCGAGGAACGUAGACAACGCGGACUCGGAUGAUGGACUGAGCCCCACGACGACAACUACGACGAUGAGCAGCGCCGUUAUGUCGCUCAAGAAGCAGGAGUCGCAGUUCCACAAACUUUUCCCCACCAUCCCCCAGCAGGAGCUACUUCUCGAGACGUACAGCUGUGCUCUCAAGAAGGACUUCCUCUACCACGGGAAGAUGUUCGUCUCCCAGAACUGGAUCUGUUUCCACUCUCGCAUCAUCCACAAACAGCUGCAGGUGACCAUCCCCGUGGGGUCCGUGCGCACCAUCAAGAAGCACCGCAUGGUGAAGCUGCUGCCGAACGCGCUGUGCCUGCUCACCAGCGACGGCACCAAGUACCGCUUCACCUCGCUGAUGUCACGCGACACCACCUACAACCACCUCCACUCGCUCUGCAAAAACCUGGAGGACCACAACUCCGAGGCUGCGUUGCCCUGCCCAGACCCCAGCCACUCCGCGCCCUCACGAAGGCCAAGGCCACGGUCGCUGCUCUUGAACCCGCCGGAGGAAUUCUCACGCAGCGUCAGGCGGAGGGCCUCGUGCCAGGACCAGGCCCUGGCUCGGACACCGCUCAGCGGAGACUUCCAGGGCAGCUACUGCACGCAGUGCGAGACGCCGCCUCGGAUCGACUCGCCAGACGGCGCGCCUCCGUCGCGCCACGGCGACGGCGAGGACGACGACUCAGACGGCGGCCGACGCGGGAGCACGCCGCGAUCCGACAGCGAGGACGGCUCGCCGACCCGCGGCGCCGAGAGCGGCAACUCGGGCAGAGACCCCCCCAGGUGCAACGGCCACGCGAAGGGCCCGCCCGGGUGGCCGUGCCCCGCGCUCACGGACCCCGGCCCAGCGGGGAAGAAGCGCUCGCUUUCUCUGCUCUGGCUUUAUUUAUUCAUCGUCCUGCUGCUGGUGCUGGUGAGUUGCUACAUGGCGGUGCGCAUCAACCUCCUGGAGGAGAUGUUGGCCCGGAUAGCGAUCCCUCCAAAGCCGCCCCUCCGUCCGCAGAGGUACGGAGAGGUGUGAUACGAGCGGUCCGGGUCACGGCUUCUGGGCCAAGACCCUGCUACGGGAAACACCUCGCGCCGAGCUGCAGGCAGAGUUGGUGGGGGGUGGAGUGGGGGGGAGAGUCGG